GCCUAUUCUUCAAGACUUUCCAGCUCUAAAAAAAUUUCGUCCUCCUUCCAUGAAGGCUAACCUGCAAGAUUCCAGCCACGUUUCCACCUCUAAAUUACAAUUUGACAAGAGUUUAAAAUCUCUUAUAGCCCUUCCCCCCCAAAAAAUCCCAUCCACAACUUUCUUCUAUCCUUCCUGUCCCGAUUUCGACUCCAAAGAAAAAAGGUCUUUUAAAACAAUUGAAUGAAAUGAGAUUUACCUCCUCGGGAGGUAUUUGUGGUUUAAAGUGAAGAUUCUCAGAGAUCAUAGGGUAUGUGGGGGGUCCCUAAAAGAUUAGCACCAAUUCAAUUCAACAAACUUUCAUUGAGCACUUAUUUGCAAGGCAACUGAACCAGGAACUGGAAAACUGGGGCGCCCAAGGAGAGGAAUUCCACCGAAAGUCCGUACGGAGCGAGUCUCUCAAGGAUUCAGAUAGAGCGUGUUGUCCUUCCUCUGUAGGGUUUCCUCCCGGAGGCAGCCACCCUAAUACCACAGCGCUCUCCGCUAGUCCCGCCCCUCAAGCCCCUCCCACGCUGUCCGGGGCCCCUCCCCUUUUCGUUUCCUUCCUUUCCCCUUCCCCCACCCUUCUCUCUCCCUCCCCUCCCACCCGAGGCCACCCGGGCCCAGCCUCGGCCCUAGCCCCACCCCCCUCUGCCGGCGCUGCGGGCGCGCAGACACACAGGAGCUUGCGGCCGCCAGGACUGGAAUGGGGGGUGGGGGAGGGCGGGGUAAGAGGUCAGUGCGAGGAAGGGCCACGCUGUCGUCAAAGGUAGCCACGGAAGAAGAGGAGGAGGAGGAGAAGGAAGAAGAGGAAAAGGAAGAAAAGAAGGCGGAGAAGAAGGCGGGGAAGAAGGCGGAGAAGGAGGAGGGGAUAAAGAAGGAGGAAGAAAAAGAAGAGAAAGGAGAAGGGUCUCUCUUCAUCGAGUACCAGGAGUACCCAGCAGACCAGGAGGACCUCGAGGAGCAGCACCUAAAAGAGACAUUCGACAAGAAGGAGCUGCACGCUACCCAGUUUGGGCGGCUACAGAUUCGCAUUUGGAGGUACCCCCACGAUUGCCUGCCCCUCCAGCCCAAUAUGACGCCCGGGAGGGUAUUACUCUGCUGCCAGAGGACCGCGGCCUGGGUGCCAGUAAUCUUCAUCGCUGUGGUCAUCGGCUGGUCCUACUACACCUUUGUGGUAGAGCUCUGCAUCUUUACUAUUGCUGCACAAGGAAAAGGAGGAAAGGCAGCUAUCUACCUUGUGAUUUUCCAUCUGUCAUUCAUCUUGAUUAUGUGGGCCUAUUUGAAGACAAUUUUUACACCUCCCAUUUGCCCCUCCAAAGAGUUCUCUUUAUCUCAGGCUGAUGAAGAACAUUUUGAAAAGGAAGAAAGACCUGACAUUCAACAAGAAAUUUUGAGAAGAGCAGCAAAAGAUUUACCUGUCUAUACUAUGACAUCAACAAGAUUAAUCAGAUAUUGUAAAAAAUGUCAGUUGAUUAAACCUGAUCGAUGUCACCACUGCUCUGUGUGUAACAAAUGUGUUCUUAAGAUGGAUCAUCAUUGUCCUUGGGUGAAUAACUGUGUGGGAUUUUCUAACUACAAAUACUUCCUGCUGUUUUUAUUUUAUUCCCUUCUGUACUGUAUUCUGGUGACCACAACAGUUUUAGAAUAUUUUAUAAAAUUUUGGACGACCAACCAAAAAACCACCCGUGCACAAUUCCAUGUCCUUUUUCUUUUUUUUGUGGCUUCUAUGUUCUUCAUUAGUGUCCUGUCACUUUUCUGUUACCACAUGUGGCUAGUUGGAAAAAAUAGAACCACAAUAGAGGCAUUCCGUUCACCUGUAUUUAUAAAUGGCCCUGACAAAAAUGGUUUCUCUCUUGGAUUGAGUAAAAAUUGGAGACAAGUUUUUGGAGAUGAAAAAAAAUAUUGGUUAUUUCCUGUCUUUACAAGUUUAGGUGAUGGUGUCAAUUUCCCAACUCGCCUCAUGAUGGAUACAGAACAAGUUACUGUCACAAACUACCAUGAACAACAUUCCCGGAGUACUGGAUCAACUGAAAACUUUCCUGUUGCACCACUGAGUGAAUCAAAAAAUUUCUUGUUGGCCACUGAUUCAGAUAAAGAUGUCAGAUCAGGGAUAAAGAACCAUGUUACAGUUUCAAUAGACAGUUGAUGGUCUGUUAUCAUUUGAAUGAGAGUAAGGUUUAUGCAACAUAUUCUCCUUGAAUUCUUUUUUAUUUUAUUCAGAAGAACUGAUCAGUGGAAUGAAACAAAUCAAAUAUUACAUAAGAUGUAUGAAAAUGAAAUCUCUGUACAGAUAAGUUGAUGCUCAUAAACAUUACUGCUGAGCAGGAAAUAAGACAGAUGCCUUAAGAACCUUAAAUGUGUGUUUAUGCAACACUGGCUUAUCCUGUUCCUAAAGUGACUUGAUUUUUUUUUAAAUAAUUCCUAAAAUGCAAUAGUAUGUUUUAUCACACCAGAUGCUUAGGGUAUAAUUUUUUAAAAGCAUGAAUAAUAUGAUUGUGGUUAUUUCCUAGCAUAUGUAAAAAUUAGCAUUCCAGAAAAACAAGUGAAUAGAAUUCUGAUAUAGGAUGUAGGUGCAGGUAUAGGCAGCUCUAUAUACGGCUGAAAUUCUUUAGUAAGAAUAGCAUUCCUCUCAAGGGAUUUGUACUGUAUAAGGAACAUGAUUACAGAGAAUUCUUGCUUUUUAUUCUGAGCAUUUGCAAGUUUUAAAUAGUUUUAUAUUGUUAUUAUUUUUAAUAAAGGCCUUUUUUUAUUGGUGGUUGUGAAGUACCACUCAGAAGGAAUUAAAAUACCUGAUACAAUCAUUAAAUUUAUCUAAUGUUCCUAAGUCCUAGUCACAUGCCAUGCAGAGUAGCAUGUGAGUGGGGUGUCAUGAAAUCUGGCAGUGAGGAGCUUAAAGGAUGCUUUUGCCUCAUUCUGCUUUCUGGAGAUAUUCAGGGGAUUUUGUGCAAGCCAGAAAACUGGUGUAUGUUUGCUGUGUAAAGAUGUUCUUAUAGCAAUAUGAGAAAGAGACCAAGGCACAAGUAAAUUUGAGCAGGGCAGAGCAAUGAUUUCCUAAAAUUUUUUAGAAUGUAAUACAUUGAAAGUGUUUUAGUAUUAUUUAAAUUCUAUUUAAAUUAGAAAAUUAUUAAGGGAUGGAGUGGAAACUGGCCAACCUCAGGAAAUGAAAAAACCUAAAUUGUGUAGUCCAUUACACUUCAGCACAAUAUUCCCCACUUCCUAAAAAAAAGAAAUCCAGCUUUGAAGUUGGUUAGGCAAAAUCUUUUUUGGGGUAUGGGAGGUGUUUCUUCUAAAAUCUAAGGAACACAGUUUACAGGUUCAUCUUCAUUAAUAUACAGUGUGCAUUCAUUCAAUGGAAACAUCAUGGAAAGUUUCUGCUAUUUUUUAGAGUUUGGCAUCUGAGAUACACCUCCUCUUCCUACCCAAACCUUUGUCCUUGAGUCAAAACUACUCAUUGUUUCUGGUGAUGAUUUUUUUUUUAAGAUUAAACUUAUAGGGGCAGCUAGGUAGCACAGUGGAUAGAGCAGCAGACCUAGAGUCAGGAGGACCUGAGUUCAAAUGUGGCCCGAUACACAUUUGAGUUGUGUAAUCCUUGGCAAGUCACUUAACCUUGUUUGCCUAACCCUUGCCAACUCUUAUACGUUAGAAUUGAUACUAAGACAGAAGGUAAGGUUUAAAAAAAAUAAUAAUAAUUAAGCCUAUUCAUUUUUACCAUAGGUGUUCCAAUGUCAUCUUGCAUACCAUUACCACUUCAACAAAAGGGCCUACCAAUAUUGCUUUGUAAAUGCUUCCAAAAUGACUUAACCAGCUUACAUGUUAUUAAAUUACGUAUUUUAGCUCUUAAUUAAAAUUGAACAUUCUGACCUUAGUUAAUGACUUAAUUUUUUUAAUCAUUCAACUAAGAGCAGCUUUCAAAAUAUCUACUUCCUUGAGAACAAAAAGAAUAGAUAAGCUUUAAAAAUUCAGUUUGUAAACUCUGGAGUAUUCAUUUGCAUCCUAUUUUAUUCUUCAGUCUAAUUAGGUUUUGCUCAAAUUUGCAUCAUUUUUAAAUAAGACGUGAAAGGAACUUCUUCAUUACCAUCAAAUGUACCAGCCGGUUUUAUCUGACAGCAUUCACUUCAUAUAGAUAAAGUAUAUGUUCAGAUGACUUGAUUGUAAUCAGAAAUAUUCUAUUGGUGCUUCUGUCCAUUGUUUGGCCUUUCAUAUUUAGGAAGACAUAUCUUUGAUCUGCAUGUUGGUACCAAAAUAAUUUUUCAUCAUCAGACUUGUGCAGGUACUUUUAUGGUGCUUGGUAUCUCUUUCAAAUCAUAUUACUUCAAUUAUUUAUUUUUUGAAAUACUAGCACAUUAAGUUUUCUUCACCCCCAACACUUCCCCCAUACCCUCUUGUUAGCUUGUAAAGUUUGGAUUUGACUAUCAGCAUGUAUUAUGAUCUGAUCUUAGUGUAUACUAGUCUGUUACCAACACAUUAGCACCAUUCUGGAGUAGUAUUUGACUAAAUAUAGUACAUGCCUGUUUCCUAAUGACCCAGGACUGAAGAAAUUUGGGGCAGUGAGUGCACUAGUUUGGGGAAGGCUGCUCCGUUUGUAUUUGUUCUGGCAUUAACUAAUACUGUAUUUCAAGAAGACAGAUAAAAAAUGAAUCUCUUUACAAAUCAAAAGUAUGACUCUUUUUCCUUUGAACUCUUCAAAAGUUUAGGAAAAUUGAAGAAAGUGAAAUUGAAUUCUAAGUGAUAUCGUUUUUAUUUUCAGUUGACAAAUUAGAAGAGUCUCAGUUCACCAAUAUAGCUUAAAUUUAGCUAGACAUUCAGCGCCUACAGCAUCUACACCUAUCAGUAUCAGUACAUGAAACCAAAGAGCAGCUGAACACGUUUACAAAAGUCCAGGUUUAUCUUUAUGUGGGUUCUGCUUGUAAUGUAUCUUUACAAACGUAGUGGUCAUAGUAGCUUAAAUGAUCGUUGUCAUUUUAAAUCCAAUAUGCAAUGGUUACUUGAAUUUUGUUUCCACUGGGUAGCUGAUUUUGACCAUGUUUACAGUAUCACUGAUUAGACCAUCAAACAUUUGAGAUUUCUACACACCAAUUUCUAAAGCAGAUGUGUAAAGUGCUUAAUGUUAGGGUUUCUAAAUUGCCAGGACCUGAGAAUUGACAGUGUCCUGCAGAUUUCUACUGUUUACAUUUUUGCCUAAGUCACAGAAUCAAGUUCUACAGAUUAGAAUCCAUGUAGAGCAUAAAACCUAUUAUUCCACUCUAAAUGUAGUGUUAAUUUCAUGACAUUUUAACCAAGACCAUAUCCAAUACUUCAUUAUUAUUUUUAAAUAGUAUUUAAAAUCCUUGUGUUCCAUAAUACCUAGACUAUGUAUUUUUCAACCAGAAUUCUAAAUAAGCUUUUAAAAGUCCAUAUUUUUCUAGUGACUUCAUCUUACAUUAUUAUAUUGUGUUGCAUAAAGAGGAAAGAACUGUAUUUAAGUCCUGUAUGAAUCAUACAGAGCCAUGAACUGUCAAGUUUAUUAUGUUUGUAUAUGAUUAUAGAUGAGACUGUUACUACAUAAGGGAAAAUACGGCCACUUGUAAUAUUUUGACAGGAUUUUUUUAAGGAAAUGCUUUUAUAUAAACAGAUUUUAGAUGCAUUUGCCUUGUAUUUCUUCAUGUUUUUACUUGUAUCAUAAGUCAUGUAUAUAGUUUUUCAUAAAUGUAACAUUGGACCAUUAUGCAAUGUCAAUAUUUACAUUAAGCUUCUUGAGCUGUUUAGAUAUUAACAUGAUAAUAAAAUAUUAAAUUCCUUUUUUCCCCUCAAAAAAAUGAUGUUCAAUUCAAACUGAUUAAAUAAAGAUGAAAUCCUGAAAAUUAA